AUGAGCAUCUUGCUCAUUCAAGUUUCCAUAGCUCACUCUUUGGAGAGUGACGAGGCUCGGCCUUGCGGUGCCAUCUCGGGGGGAUGCGCCGCUCGCUCCACAUCUAACCCCAACAGGUUGUACCUCUGGACGGUUCCGAGAGGAGCCAACCUGAGACUCCUCACCGCCCUGAUUUGCAUUCCUUCUUGUAACGGGAGCGAUUUAAUUCAAGCUUACAGAGGGUGCCAGCCUCAGUGCCAACGGUCUCGUCCACCGAAAGACCAUCCAACAUUUAAAAGAAUUGAACUUGCCCCAAAAUACGAUCACAUGGAUGCAGAAAGCUGUCAUACUGGGGACAGUCAAUAUCAUACGCAAGGAAAACACCUGAUAGCUCAAAUCAAAUACAUUAAGACUCGCAAAUUGCUCUCUCCGGAUGAGCUCGAAACGAUUAAAGGAGAUGCAACAAGUAAUUCACCACGAAGGAGGAUUGAUGACAUUAGGAGAAGCAUCCAUCGACAGAGCACCAAUACUUGGCAAGGAAACAUCAAUCAAUCAAACGAUUCAGACGACCAACUGACGACGGUGGAGAUGGAACCAGAUGAGGCUAAGCUUGAAAUCCGAGAGUUAUUUCAGGGGGAGAGUCAGAAGUGGGAGGGGAUGAUGAUGGAGGAUAGACCAAGAAUCCCCAAACUGAGACAAAGCAAGGAUACCAGAACAAUUAUGGUUGCCAUUAAUAAUGCCCUAAAAGAAAUACUGAAUAAUUCCGAAAAUUUUGAAGAAUUAUGCCAUAGAGUAUACUGUGCAGCAAUGAUGGCAAACAACCUGCAAUGCUCAGAUUCAGUAUCAAAAUUCCAGAAGAAGCCUCAACAGCACAAGCCCCCAUGGGAAGAGAGAUUAGAACAAAAGAUAAAUAUCCUACGUAAAGAGAUCGGUGCCUUCCACGCCUACCUACGAGAAAAAGAGGCAAGCAAAAAAGUGAAAAAGAAAGUGCAGAACUACACUAAAAAAUUGAACAUGUAUGAAAGUGAUCCUCAAUAUAAAGAUAAAGUGACGACUCACCUAGAAACCCUCAAACAAAAAAUAUCUACACUAGGUAGUAGAUUAAGACGAUAUCACAAAAGAACGCAACGCUAUCGCCAAAACAAUCAAUUCACUAGCAACCAGAAGAGUUUCUUUAGAGAUCUACAAAAACAGCAAAACCACCAAGCAAAUCUGCUAUCUCCGCGCUAUGAACCCGAAAAAUUUGUACGCCAUUGGUCAAAGAUAUGGUCAGAGGAAAAGAGUCACAACAGCAAAGCCAAUUGGAUAGAAGGGGAGAAAAAAGAACACUAUAAUCUAGCCGAAAUGCCUUCCAUCAUUGUUACGGAGGAUGAAGUCACUGCGACGAUUAAGAGAAUGAAAAAUUGGACGGCGGCUGGAAUAGACAGUGUACAUAAUUAUUGGUGGAAAUCACUGCCGUCUACCCACACAGCACUGGCUCGACUCAUCAAUGAAGCACUGGAGAACCCAAAUAGCAUUCCCAAACACUUUACCCAUGGAGUUACCUAUAUGAUACCUAAAAAAGGAGACCCAACGAUACCUGACAAUAGACCGAUAACCUGUCUUCCGUCAGCGUAUAAGAUCAUCACUUCAACAAUUGGCCAGAAAAUCCGGAUCCACCUGAAAACCAAUAACCUCAUGGCGUGGGAACAGAAUGGAUGUGAAAAGAGCGGUAAAGGCAGUAAGGAACUAUUGAUAAUUGACAACUUAAUCACUAAACAGGCAAAAAGAAAACAAAAAAACAUCUCAAUGGCCUGGAUAGAUUACCAAAAGGCAUUUGACUCUGUUCCCCACUCUUGGCUUCUUGAAAUCCUGAGAAUAUAUAAGAUGGACCCGAAGAUAAUUUCAUUUUUCCAAUUCCUUAUGUCGACCUGGCGGACUUCACUAAGACUCGAGGGUAGAUCGGAGCUGAACAAAUCGCCCGCGAUAAUGAUCAAGAGGGGUAUAUUCCAAGGUGACAGCUUUAGCCCUUUAUGGUUCUGUCUGGCCAUGAACCCUCUCAGCGGUAUGUUAAAUAGAUCAUCGUAUGGAUACUCCUUAGACGCAGAAAAAAAAUUAACACACCUGUUUUAUAUUGAUGAUCUCAAACUAUAUGCUAGAGGUCGACAACAACUGGAAGGGGAGCUCGAGUUGGUACGAAAGUUUAGUGAAGAUAUAGGUAUGAGGUUUGGUCUGAACAAGUGUGCGACAGUCAGUGUGAAAAGAGGGAAGCUGGAAAGGGUCGAAAGUAUUAUCUUGACAGACGGACAAGCAUUGGCCAACUUAGGGGCAGAACAAAGGUAUAAAUAUCUAGGGGUUCAACAAACGUAUGAGAUUAGGCAGCGAGAAAAUAAGGAAGAAGUCGAAAAAGAACUGAUAAAAAGAGUAAGAACAAUACUGAACACACAGUUAACAGCUAAAAACAAAAUAACUGCACUGAACAUUUGGGCAAUACCAGCUUUCACCUACACGGCUGGAAUUCUUACCUGGUCACGGACGGAUCUAGAAAGGCUCGACAGAAAGAUCAGAACCACUUUGACGCAGUUUGGCUUACUACAUCCAAACUCCGCUAUUGGAAGGCUCUACAUACCACGCAGAGAUGCAGGGCGGGGUCUGAUCAGCUUGGAGGACGGUUACCUGAAAGAGGAAGAAAAGUUAAAAACAUAUUUUCUCAACAAGAACUUACCUGUGCACCAGUGGGUGGCAGCUCAGCGAUAUUCCACCGCAACUCCAGGGUUAAACAACGAGCAGGAGCCUGAAAGAGAAAACAUGGUAGAGAAAUGGAAGGAUAACUGGCGUACCAAACCUCUCCAUGGACGAUUUUACUCCAGCUUACACCAAAUAGAUGUCGACUUACCGAGCACAAAUAUUUACCUUACUCCUCAGGGCUAUCUCUACCCUCAGACUGAAGGCACGUUGAUGGCAAUACAAGAUCAGGUUGUCCCGACGAGAGUCUAUGCAAGACACAUAAUGAAGAUAGACACGGAAACAACAAAAUGCAGACCCUGCAAUAAUGCCGAGGAAUCAGUGCAACACCUUUCUUCAGGAUGUUCUAGUAUAGCCGGCACUAAGUACUUAAGUCGGCACAACAAUAUGGGGAAAGUUGUACAUCAUCUCCUUUGUCUCAAAGAACGACUACUACAGGGUUUUACCCCGCACCAUUUAUAUGAGCCGAAAUCUGUCUUGGAAAAUGAUAAUGUCAAGGUGUACUGGGACUUGACAGUGAGUACAGACCCAGGCGUUGAGAGCAACAGACCUGACAUGGUCGUUUGGGAGAAACGCAAGAAGUCGGCAACCAUCAUCGAUUUUUCAGUGCCGCUUGACCAGAAUCUCUCAAAGGCUUAUGGCGAAAAAAUAACGAAAUACGAAGCCUUAUCAAGACAGAUGAAGAGCACCUACCAACUGAAUAACGUAAAAGUAAAGCCACUGAUUAUUAGCUGCAACGGGUUGGUGCACCGAAAAACAGUUAAACAUCUACUUGAGAUGGAUCUCCCCCAUAACACCAUUGCAUGGAUGCAGAAGGCCGUAAUUUUGGGAACGGUCAACAUAAUACGGCAAGUACUUUUCCCUCAUUAA